AACAAAAUCAUUUGAGGAAGAAUAUGCAAAAUAAAAGGUUUUGGCUAAGUUCCUCAUAGGUACUAUGCCAUAUCUCUAACUCCCCAUCCCAGUUAUAGCCAUGGGGAACUGAAGGCAUAAAGGCAUAACUUACUCUCUUUUUAUUUCAGUCCUUACUCAAAAUAAGGUUUCCAGAGAUCGAGGCAAAACUCAAAAUACCUUCUAUUUUAAGAAAGUAUCCAUCUCCAAGGACGUCAGAGCAUUUCACCAGUAAUAACUAAUAACAGCCAUUUUGCUGCUACAGGCUUCAUCGCUGUGGCGCUUUUCCAUCUCAGAUGCUCGAACAGUUUCAAGACAAGUGCUGGGUCACUCUAAUCAGCUCCCCAUUUCCCUACUGUGUCCCUUCUGAUGCCCAGGCUUCCCAGUUAUAAUUGAAGAGCUAGAAAAAUGAUCAGUAAAAUCCUGGGAAGCCUCUAUUUGGAUAUACCUGGGCUGAGAAUAUCAUUGUUAAUAUAAUAGAAGUACAGAAGUUUUCCAUCAUUGAAAAUAUAAAGAAGUAAGAUGCUCUGGUUUCAAGGAAAUAGCAUGCAACUUGCCAGAUACUCCUUUCGACUCUGCCUGAGAAACCUCUCCGCCUCUAAGACGGUUCUGCCUGUGCUGACCUUAUUCACAAAGGAUCCAUGUCCCCUUUGUGAUGAAGCUAAGGAAGUACUGGAGCCUUAUAAAAACAGGUUUAUUUUACAGGAGGUGGACAUCACACUUCCAGAGAACUCUGUUUGGUAUGAGAGAUAUAAAUUUGACAUCCCCGUCUUUCAUUUGAAUGGCAAGUUUCUGAUGAUGCAUCGAGUAAACAUCUCAAAACUUGAAAAACAGCUCCAGAAACUUGAGCAGCAAGGUACUGGAGGCUGAUGAAAGCCCUCGUGAUUUUCCACUCUCACUGUCCAAAAGAGAUCUUCCUGAGGAAGUGGCCACGGCCUCGUACUCCUUUUGUCACUGUCAUAUAGCCCUAACGAAUUUUUGAACUUAGUGGUGCCAAAUAAAUGUUGACAUUUCUCUUCUGACUGAUGGAAGUACCACUGUGGGAACUGUUUACCUUUUGGCACUUAAUAAAAUAAGAGGAGUAUAUUGGCAGGGAGUGGAUGGUGGAGGGUGUUUUAUUUCUUUUUCUCUUUUGUAUUAAUAUGGAAACAUUUCACAUUCAUUGGACAAUGCCAUUUAUAGGAAGAAGACUCUACAUCCCUGCUGCUGCCCUGAGGGCUUAACUUUUUAAUGAAAGAAUAAAUGCUCUUCCUCUCAGUAGAUAAAGUGAAAUGUGAAUUGUUAAUAACUGUGCACAGUCAAUAAAGGGAUGUUUUAACAAAUACA